CUCCUUCUGCUUGUUUUUUUUCGAUUUCAAAACAACAUGAGCGCCAACGACAACGAAGAUCUUAUCGACUACGAAGAUGAACAUGACAUUGUGCCCAAUGGCUCGGCGGCGGCAGCAGCCACAAACGGUGCAGCCACAGGUGGUGCAGGAGCUGAUGGGGACGACAAGAAAAACUUUUCUGGCAUUCAUUCCACAGGGUUCAGGGACUUCUUGCUGAAGCCCGAGCUCCUUCGUGCCAUCAGUGACCUUGGUUUCGAGCACCCGUCGGAGGUACAACAAGAGUGCAUCCCUCAGGCAGUCCUUGGAAUGGAUGUCUUGUGUCAAGCCAAAUCCGGCCACGGAAAAACGGCCGUUUUCGUUCUUGCUACCCUCCAGCAACUGGAAGCCGUCAACGGACAAAUCUCAGUUCUCGUUCUGUGCCACACUCGUGAACUUGCCUUCCAGAUUAAAAACGAAUACACCCGGUUCGCCAAGUAUAUGCCCGAAGUUCGAGUCAGCACUUUUUACGGCGGCACUCCAGUUUCCAAAGAUGCUGAGACCCUUCGCGACAAGAACAAAUGCCCUCACAUCGUUGUUGCUACCCCUGGUCGUUUGAAUGCCCUUGCAAGGGACAAAGUGUUGGAUGCUAAAAACGUGAAGCACUUCGUCUUGGACGAGUGUGAUAAAAUGCUGGAACAGCUUGACAUGCGACGAGACGUGCAAGAAAUAUUCCGAGCUACACCUCACCACAAGCAAGUCAUGAUGUUCAGUGCGACGCUGGCCAAGGAGAUACGGGUCACCUGCAAAAAAUUCAUGGCUAACCCCCUUGAAAUCUUUGUUGACGACGAGACAAAACUUACCCUGCAUGGUUUACAGCAACAUUACGUCAAGUUGGAAGAGAGUGGGAAGAACAGGAAGCUGAACGAUCUGCUGGAUACGUUAGAAUUCAACCAAGUUGUCAUUUUCGUCAAGUCUGUCGCCCGUGCGAUCGAACUCGACAAACUGCUUGUGUCUUGUAAUUUUCCUAGCAUUAGCAUACAUUCGGGUCUCCAGCAGGAGGAGCGCAUCAACCGAUACUCUGCUUUCAAAGCGUUCGAGAAGCGCAUUCUUGUCGCCACGGAUAUCUUCGGUCGUGGUAUAGACGUUGAGCGGGUAAACAUCGUUGUCAACUACGACUGUCCACCCGAUGCCGACAGCUAUCUGCAUCGUGUUGGCCGUGCUGGUCGGUUUGGAACCAAGGGUCUUGCGGUUUCGUUUGUUUCUUCCGAUAGUGAUCAGCAGGUGUUGGAAUCCAUACAGUCGAGGUUCGAGGUGGCUAUCCCUGAGUUGCCGGACCACAUUGACCCCGCUAGCUACAUGACAUCUUAGUGUGCUUAUGUUUGUAUUCCAGUUAUUCUUUUGUUUACAUUGCCCAUGGUCUGCGCUGUAAAACUACUCUAAAUGCUUCACGAAUAAACAGUCGAACAUUUAUUGACCGAAAGGUACCAACCAGUUCAAA